CCUCAGCUCUCACAGCUCACAGUAUUCACACGUCACAUAUCUAUUUUAUGUGUUAUAUACCCACAUAGACGAGUCCUAAGAAUCAUAGGUAGAUGCAUCGCUUUCUUUUAAUGCUCUUAUUUCCCUUUAGCGACAACCGUCCCAUGAUGUUCUUCAGAUCAUUCGUCGUUUUCUUCUUUCUCAUUUUCUUCACAUCAAAUGUUUCGUCUCAUAAACAAACCUACGUGAUCCACACUGUUGCUGCCACCACCAAACACAUCGUAACUUCACUUUUUAAUUCACUCCAAACAGAGAAUAUUCACGACGAUGGGUUUUCUCUCCCGGAGAUUCACUAUAUUUACGAAAAUGCCAUGUCCGGUUUCUCCGCGACUCUCACCAACGACCAGCUUGAGACGGUGAAGAACACAAAAGGGUUUAUCUCUGCUUAUCCAGACGAGCUCUUAUCUCUACACACGACAUAUUCUCACGAGUUUCUUGGUCUCGAAUAUGGGAUCGGACUUUGGAACGAGACGAGCCUAUCUUCCGACGUCAUCAUCGGCCUUGUGGACACAGGGAUCUCUCCGGAGCACGUGAGCUUCCGAGACACUCACAUGACCCCGGUCCCGUCUAGAUGGAGAGGUUCGUGCGAUGAAGGCACAAACUUCUCUUCUUCGUCGUGUAACAAGAAGAUCAUUGGAGCUAGCGCGUUUUACAAAGGCUACGAAUCCAUCGUUGGAAAAAUCAAUGAAACCACUGAUUUCAGGUCGGCUCGAGACGCACAAGGACACGGGACGCAUACAGCCUCGACAGCUGCCGGAGGCAUUGUCCCGAAAGCGAAUUAUUUCGGGCAAGCUAAAGGUUUGGCUUCAGGGAUGAGGUUUACUUCGAGGAUCGCUGCUUACAAAGCUUGUUGGGCUCUAGGAUGUGCCAACACUGACGUCAUAGCAGCCAUUGACCGAGCCAUUUUAGACGGUGUGGAUGUGAUCUCUCUGUCGCUAGGUGGAUCAUCACGCCCGUUUUACGUGGAUCCCGUCGCGAUCGCCGGGUUCGGAGCGAUGCAGAAGAACAUAUUCGUGUCUUGCUCUGCGGGUAAUUCAGGUCCAACUGCAUCCACAGUGAGUAAUGGAGCUCCGUGGUUGAUGACUGUUGCUGCCAGUUAUACGGACAGGACGUUUCCGGCGAUUGUCCGGAUCGGGAACCGUAAAAGCUUGGUCGGAUCAUCCUUGUAUAAAGGGAAAAGCUUAAAGAAUCUGUCUUUAGCGUUUAACAGAACAGCUGGAGAAGGAAGCGGAGCCGUGUUCUGUAUCCGGGACUCGCUCAAGAGAGAACUCGUCGAGGGUAAAAUCGUCAUUUGCUUAAGAGGAGCCAGCGGCAGAACCGCGAAAGGAGAAGAGGUGAAACGGAGCGGAGGAGCUGCCAUGCUUCUUGUGAGCACAGAGGCGGAAGGAGAGGAGCUUCUUGCUGAUCCUCACGUUUUACCGGCGGUUUCAAUUGGCUUUUCCGACGGUAAAACCCUACUGACUUAUCUCGCCGGCGCAGCAAACGCCACCGCCGCCGUUCGAUUCAGAGGAACCGCGUACGGUGCAACCGCCCCGAUGGUAGCCGCGUUCUCAUCCAGAGGACCUAGCGUCGCGGGACCUGAAGUUGCUAAACCGGACAUUGCGGCUCCCGGUAUGAACAUCCUCGCCGGAUGGUCGCCGUUCUCGAGCCCUAGCCUCCUCAGAUCCGAUCCAAGACGCGUCCAAUUCAAUAUCAUCUCGGGAACCUCCAUGGCUUGUCCUCACAUCAGCGGAAUCGCCGCUCUAAUCAAGUCCGUUCACGGAGACUGGUCACCGGCGAUGAUAAAAUCGGCAAUCAUGACGACGGCGAGGAUCACGGACAAUAGGAACCGACCGAUCGGAGAUAGGGGCGCCGCGGGAGCUGAAUCGGCGGCCACAGCGUUUGCGUUUGGAGCGGGACACGUGGAUCCCACGCGAGCAGUAGAUCCGGGGCUGGUAUACGAUACCUCCACCGUCGAUUAUCUCAACUACUUGUGCAGCUUGAAUUACACGAGUCAGAGAAUACUCUUGUUCUCCGGCACUAACUACACGUGUCCUAGUAACGGCGUCGUUUUGAGUCCCGGCGAUUUGAACUAUCCUUCCUUCGCGGUCAACUUCGUUAAUGGCGCGAAUUUGAAAACGGUGAGAUAUAAGAGGACUGUGACGAACGUUGGGUCACCGGCUUGUGAGUAUAUGGCUCACGUAGAGGAACCCAAAGGUGUGAAGGUGAGAGUGGAGCCGAAAAUUCUUAAGUUCCAGAAGGUGAGAGAGAGGUUGAGUUAUACGGUGACGUUUGAUGCAGAAGCUUCGAGAAAUACAUCUUCGUCUUCCUUUGGAGUUUUGGUUUGGAUGUGUGACAAGUACAACGUCAGAAGCCCUAUCUCCGUGACGUGGGAAUAAAUUUCGCUUUUUUAUUUAUACCAAAGAAACUUUAUUGUGAACAUCUAUCUCUUAUUUACUGUAAUUGUUUUUAUGAAAACAUUUAUUUUUUUUCUCUGUUAAAAGACAAGUCUGUAUGUCACAGAGACCCUUCAACUUGAUACUAAAAGCUGAUUUAGUCG